GGCUGGCUGAUAUUUGGUGUUAAGUUCAAUUGUAAUGUAAUCCAUUAAUCUUUAAUUGUAAAUCAGCUAUUUUAUAAAUCUCCAUUUGAUGAAAAAGUGAAAAAAUGGGAAUAUUUUUUGCAAAAAAGAAACAAUCUAGUCGAAUAACGGAUCAGGAUAAAGCCAUUUUACAAUUAAAACAAACAAGGGAUAAAUUAAAACAAUAUCAGAAAAGAAUCGAGCAAAGUAUUGAGAAAGACAAAGAAAUAGCAAAAAAAUUAUUAAAAAAUAAUCAGAAAGAUCGAGCCUUACUUUUACUACGAAAAAAGAAGUUUCAAGAACAAGUUCUGAUUAAAGCAGAUGGACAGUUAGAAAAUGUGGAACGUAUGGUACAUGAUAUAGAAUUUGCUCAAGUAGAAGUUAAAGUAAUAGAUGGACUCAAAUUUGGUAACGAUGCCCUUAAAAAAUUACAUGCAAUUCUCUCAAUUGACGAAAUUGAAAAAAUUAUGGAUGAAACAAAGGAAGGUAUCGAGAAACAACAAGAAAUCAAUAUUAUUCUAACUGGAGCCUUAAGCGAUGAAGACGAAGAAAAUAUCGAAGCUGAAUUAGAUGAUCUUAUGACAAAGGAUACAAAAGAAGUUGCCCCUGAAUCCGAUGAUGAAAUUUUAUUACCGGAUGUACCAACAGAUAAAAAUAGUAACAAAGAAGUAUCCAGCAACAAAUUACAAGAACCUGUGGCAUUGGAAUCAUAA